AUAAGUUUAAAAAUAAAAAUACACUUUUUUUGCAUCUCAAUACUAAUAAAAUGAUAAUAAAAUUAUUCAUAUAUACUUAUUUUUUUGUUUCCUUUCCUUUCCUCCUCUCUUGAAAGUUGAACCAAACAAAUUCCUCCCCUCCCCUCGCCUAGCGUAGCCUGUAAUGGCAUACAGGGUAUUAAUGUAGAACCAUCAAAGUCUAGUGUUCCUUAAUCCACUGCAACCCCUCGCAUCAAUCACCUUGUUGGAAUCUCCGUAGACCUUACCAGGGUAAAGAUACGAUGUCCUAAACUUCUACCAGCUUUCAGUUUUCGUAAUACUGUUGCCAAACUUGUCAGAUAGCCUUCUCUAACUGGAUUGCCAAGAAAGAAAGAGCAGCUUUCAAAAAUUUUGGCCUGCAUUGAUGUUAGAAGCCUUGAGGAGGGAGCAUUUUUUUCCUCAAAGAAAUUCUGCUUUACCAAUGUAAGCUUUGUAAUAUAUAUAUUGUAUGCCACCGAUGAGUACUGAUUCUCUGAGAAAAUGAUUAGACAUGUUAAUCAUUCCUGGGGGUAAGUUUCAAGGAACGCUAUUACCAUACCUAUGCGGCCAGUGAUCACCUUUAAUAGCAUAUGGCAGCUCUCACUCCUGAAAGUUCAAAUAUUAGAGCAGAGUGUCAUGCACUAACUCCACCGAAAGUUUUGAGGGGUCUGGUGUGUCUAGUGGUGUUGUUUUCUACUGCAUUUAUAAUGUUAGUGUACCCUGGCUUUACUAGUGCUGUUAUAGUGCAACUAUUUAGCAUACAUUACAGUAGAAAGGCAACUUCCUUUUUCUUUGGUGCUUCGCUAGCCCUGUGGCCUUUCCUAUUUGAGAAGAUAAACAAGACUAAAGUCACAUUUUCUGGAGACAUUGUGGCAUCCAAAGAACGGAUCUUGCUGAUUGCAAAUCAUAGAACUGAAAUUGAUUGGAUGUAUUUAUGGGACCUUGCCUUGCGGAAGGGAUGCCUUGGAUACAUAAAAUAUGUACUUAAGAGCAGCUUGAUGAGAUUCCCUAUAUUUUGUUGGGCAUUUCACAUGCUGGAAUUCAUCCCGGUGGAAAGGAAGUGGGAGGUUGAUAAAUCAACCAUGCAAAGCAUGCUCUCUACUUUCAAGGAUCCUCAAGACCCACUUUGGCUUGCUCUCUUCCCAGAAGGCACUGAUUUUACUGAGAAGAAGUAUGAUCGGAGUAAAAAAUAUGCUGCUGAACACGGGUUACCCAUUCUGAAACAUGUUUUGCUUCCAAGGACAAAGGGCUUCUGCACUUGCUUGCAGGCAGGAAAAGACAAGUACAAGACAACAGAAUUCUCCCAGGUUCAAGUGAGUGUAGAAAGACAAAAGCUCACAAGUCUCUAAAAUAUGUAUUGGGUACAAGCCAAAAUAAGGAAGAGCAAGACAGUGACGAGUGGCAAGCACUGGAAAAUUGGUUCUGGCCUAUUACAAUCCCUACCGUUCUCUUUUUUCUUUUGAUAUGAUGUUUUGAGAGACUUGAGCAUCUGACGAAGCAGUAAUAUCUGCUUUAUAUCCUUCAGCGUGUAUAGUAAAUAACAAAUGUGUUAGUUCAUGAAUUUGCCACUUAAGGGCUACAUAUCUGGAAUUGCAAAUUAUGGUGUCUUUUUUCUUUUCUUUUCUUUUUCACAAUAAAGCAACAUAUGCAACCUCCUAUCUGCACUUUACGAAAUUAGGAGAAAAUAAUAGUGCACAUAUUUUGAGUUGCCGAUUCUAACGGUACUUUCUAUUUGAUGAGGAACCGUGGAAACAUGUCUAUAUAUUCAACAGUUUCUCUUACUCAUAAACAGUUCUAAAGUAAUUAAUUUCAAGUUUCUUAUCAUGUUUUGACCAUAGUUUAUGAUGUGACCAUCGGCUACAACUACCGCUGCCCAUCUUUUCUGGACAAUGUAUUCGGAGUGGAUCCUUCUGAAGUUCACAUCCAUGUCAGCAGAAUCUCCCUUGACAGUAUCCCAGAAUCUGAAGAUGAAAUGUUGUCAUGGCUGAUAGAAACGUUCCAGAUUAAGGACCAAUUGCUGUCAAAUUUUUAUAGCCAAGGUCAGUUCCCUAAUCAAGGAACAAAAAAGGAGCUAUCUGAUGUGGAGAGUAUUUUGAACUUCAUGGCGGUUAUUAUGGUAUCUGGGACAUGCAUGUUCUAUAUUCUCUCUUCCGUCUGGUUCAAAAUCCAUGUUUCUCUAGUAUGUGCUUGUUUGGGAGCUACCAAUUUAAAUGAUCGGCCUUAUCCAUUUAUUUGAGAUCAUUCUAUGAUUUUGUUGUUGUAAUUUGAAAAUUGUACUAUUAUUGCAUGCAAUUUCAUCUUAUGUCUUACAAGUUGAUAUAAAAGUGAUAGCCUGAUAGGAUGAAAUAAUCUGAAAAAGUGC